AUGUCGUUGUCGUAUAAAUGCCUGAAAACCUUGCUGCUGAAACAUCUACAGCCGGAUAAUUUCGAAACCGCCGAACGAGCCAAAUUUUAUUCAUUCACACGUGGUGGAAGCCAACCUGUACGUGACUUUAUUCUUCAGCUUCAGACUCAAGCUUCUCGUUGCAAUUUCGGAGAUCAACUAAAAAUCCAGCUACGUGAUCCAUUAAUUGCUGGUGGUAACUGCCCGGAAUUACAGCAAAAGCUCCUGCUCAUGCACGAUUGCACAUUUCAGUCGGCUAAGGCAGUCUGUGAACAGUACCAAGACGUCCGUGCCAUUAUUUUUGAUGAACCCAACUUGCUGUUCAAUGCCAGUAAUUCCAAACAGUCACCAUCUCGACGAAAGCCGCUUUUUGAAAAGGCUCGAAAACAACAAGCAGCAUCCGUUCUCCAACUCACGAUGACCAACGGAUUCAACGAUGGAACAAGUGCAAUUUGUGUGGUUAAAGACAUUCGUGGUUAA